AUGGCACGCCGGAAAUCCACGCAAUUCAACAUGGUCCCACUGGAAGGGGUUUUGGAAGAGACGCCGGCUUGUCGAAAACCUACAAGAUUUGUCGCUCCGCCCAAAUCAGCGAUGGCCCAGAAGAAAUUCUCGCGCAGUCGAAUUGGAAGCGCUUCCGACUCGCUGUCAACAAUGACCCCGAUACCCGGAACCCCAAAAAACGGCCAUCCAACCCCGUUUUUGCCAACGAUUCAGCUGAACUUGAUCGUUCCCACCGGUCUGGGCCACCUGGCCGACGCGCACUCGGCCACCGCUCAUCUACUCCAGCCAUUGCAGGACACUUGCUCCUCGUUGGCCCCCCUGCAGUCACCGUUUGAUCAGCUACACCAGGCCUUCUACCCCAGCCAUGUCUCACUACACGACCCGAUUCCGUUGCCCUCCACCAAGCUCCCCAAAUUGGAAUUGGCAUCGUGUAAAGAGGAAACCGAGGAAGAAGGAGAUACCCAUGCCGAGACAGAGGCCCCACCGAUCAAAGGAAACAAGCCGAGACGACAACGAACCCAUUUUACAAGCCAUCAACUGAACGAGCUGGAGAGCUGGUUCCAACGGAAUCGAUACCCGGAUAUGGCCACGCGAGAAGAGAUUGCCAUCUGGAUCAGCCUCACCGAGCCAAGAGUUAGGGUAUGGUUCAAAAAUCGACGAGCAAAAUGGCGCAAACGGGAACGCAACUAUGUCACGGACGUGAAGGGGAUGCAGAAUUUGCAGGUGCAAGGCAGCUUCACCCAAACCCUCAUCCCGCACAACCAGAUCGACUCGUUCUACGGUUACGGUGACCCAACAGGCUGGCACACAUACCAGACCCGUGCCCCAACAGCUGCCACAUUCAAUUGGACGGUCAAGGGCCAAUUCCCGUCCCCCUCUUCAAUGCCCGUCGUCCCAUCGUCCGCCUCGGCCACGACGUUCACCAACCUACAACAACAACAACAACAACACAACCCCACGCCAACGUCCGACGUGAAACCCCUGAAACCCGCGCUCACCGAUUCCACAUACAUGAAUUGCCCAUAUUCUGGUCCGCUU